AUGAUCGUCAAUGGUGCAUCAGAUACAGUCUUAUGUCGUUGUUUUCCGAAUUAUUUAGACGGUCCUGCACUUGAUUGGUUGUGUGCUUUGCCUGCAGGUUCCAUUUCGUGCUUCCAUCAGUUGGCGAAGUUAUUUGAAGAACAUUUCGCCAGAUCCGCAAUAUAUUUGCACGACUCCGAUUACCUAAACACUAUCAAACAAGGGCCAAGCGAAAGCUUAAAGGACUAUAUGACUCGCUUUACCAAGGUCGCAAUCAGCAUACCAGAUCUCCAUCCCGAGGUCCAUCUGCACGCAAUUAAAAGCGGCCUCCGACCCGGGAAGUUCCAGGAGAUGAUCGCAGUAGCAAAGCCGAAGACUCUAGCAGAAUUUCGCGAGAAAGCAAAAGGACAAAUUGACAUCGAGGAGCUCAGACAAGCUCGGAAGUCUGACAAGUCACAUUUCCGUGAAGAAGAUAAGAGCUCAUCCCUUAAGAAAAGUUUUAAACUAACACCUCGAUUCGAUUCUUAUACGCAGUUUAACACCAAGAGGGAAGACAUAAUCAAGGAAAUCUUGAACUCCAAACUAAUCAAGCCGCCGAGAAAAGCCGGAACGUACCAAGAUGCAAAGAACGUGGACAAAUCAAGGUACUGCACUUUCCACCAGAAACACGGCCACAAUACCGAUGAUUGCGUGGUCGCCAAAGAUCUUUUAGAACGAUUAGCCAGACAAGGGCACCUUGACAAAUACAUUGGUGGUCACAUCCAAAAGCGCGGCCCAAGUUCCACAACACAUGACCUCUCAGAACAACACCGAGGAAAAGAAAAGGCAUCUUCAAGCCAAUAUGAAAGACCCCGAGGUAUAAUCAAUUGUAUUUCAGGAGGAUACGCAAGUGGAGGAUACUCAAACUCGGCAAGAAAAAGAUCAUUCAGAGCAAUAUGCUCGGUAGACGGAACAAAACAAGAUGCAACGAUCUCUAAUCCACAACCAGAAGUCACUUUCACACACGCCGACUUCAACUCCAACAUACAAAAUUUGGACGACCCUGUGGUAAUCACCCUUCAGCUAGGAGAUCUAUUAGUGAAAAAAGUACUCUUAGAUCCCGGAAGCAGUGCUGACGUCCUAUUUUACUCCACGUUUCAAAAGAUGAAGCUCAGCGACAACAUGCUACAGCCCACAGGAGGAGACUUGGUCGGUUUCUCGGGAGAACGCGUUCCAGUCCUCGGUUCAGUGUGGUUACAAACCACACUGGGUGAGCAAUCUCUUUCAAAAACUAAUGACAUUCAAUAUUUAGUAGUCGACUGUUUCAGUCCAUAUAACCUUAUUCUCGGCCGACCUUUUCUGAAUAAGUUCGGCGCUAUUGUAUUCACAGUUCAUCUCUAUGUAAAGUUUCCAUUGCAGGACCACCAGGUUGUUACCAUCCAUGGCGACCACAAAGAGGCAAGACAAUGUUACAACAUCAGCAUGAAAUUCCAAAAUCGUUCAACGCAACAAGUCAACAACGUCGGCCUAAACCAAAAAGAGGACACGCUAGCAGAACUCGACCCAAGAGCUGACUUUCCCGAUCGGCCAAAACCCUCCGACGACCUACAAAAAGUGUAUUUCAACAAUGACUCUAAUAAAUUCACAUAUGUAGGUACCUCACUCAAUGCAUCCGAGUUGCAAGCUAUAACAAUCUUCCUACAAGAACACGCCGACCUUUUCGCAUGGACACCAUCAGACAUGCCAGGAAUCGACCCACAGAUCAUCAGUCAUAAACUAGCAAUAAACCCGGCAAUCCGACCAGUACAACAGAAGAAACGCAGACUCGGCGACGAAAAAAGGAGAGCAUCACUGGAAGAGACACAAAAGCUCAUCAACGUCGAGUUUAUCAAAGAAAUCAGAUUCACCACCUGGUUAGCAAAUGUGGUAAUGGUAAGAAAACAAAACGGUAAGUGGCGCAUGUGCGUCGAUUUCACUGAUUUAAACAAAGCAUGCCCCAAGGAUUCUUAUCCUCUGCCAUCCAUAGACUCUUUAGUAGACAAUCCCUCAGGCUACGCCACCCUAAGUUUUAUGGAUGCAUACUCCGGGUAUAAUCAGAUAAUGAUGCACCCCUCUGAUCAAAACAAAACAGCUUUUAUCACCGAUUUUGGUAACUAUUGUUAUAAGGUUAUGCCAUUUGGAUUAAAGAAUGCAGGUGCAACUUACCAACGCCUCAUGGAUAAGGUAUUCGCCAAACAAAUCGGCCGGAAUAUCAAAGUUUAUGUCGACGAUAUGGUCACCAAAACAAAAGUCGGCCACAACCACAUCAACGACCUUACAGAAAUAUUCGACCAGAUCCGCCAGUACAACAUGCGCCUCAAUCCCGAGAAAUGUGCAUUCGCAGUUCAGGGGGGUAAGUUUUUGGGUUUUUUGCUAACAUGCAGGGGGAUAGAGGAAAAUCCAGACAAAUGCCGAGCAGUGCUGGACAUGGCCAGCCCUAAAACCGUAAAAGAAGUUCAGCGCCUCACAGGAAGACUCGCUGCACUCUCCAGAUUUGUUCCUUGCCUUGCCUCAACUUCCAUUCCUUUUUUCCAAACAAUUAAAAAGAAAAAUAAAUUUGAAUGGAACGACGAUUGUGAGAAGGCAUUUUCAAAAUUAAAAACAACACUCUCACAACCGCCGAUAUUACAAAGACCCCUGCAAGGGGAACAUUUAUUUUUAUAUCUGUCAGUUACUGAUUGGGCGAUAAGCUCGGCCCUUGUCACAAAGAAAAACAAAGUUCAGCAUCCAGUAUACUUUGUCAGCAAAACCCUCCACCAUGCCGAACUCAAUUAUCCGCGGAUUGAAAAGCUCGCACUAGCACUGAUAUUCUCGGCCCGACGUCUGCAACCUUACUUUCAGAGCCAUAUAAUCCACGUCAGAACCGAUCACCCACUAAGACAAGUAUUACACAAACCGGAAAUCGCAGGUCGACUAAUAAAAUGGGCAGUCGAACUAUCCGAAUUCGACAUCAGAUACCAACCCCGAGGACCGAUCAAGUCACAAUUUCUGGCAGAUUUCAUUGCCGAACUCACACUUCCAUCUGAAGAGGACCAUGCAAAACAGUGGAUCUUAUAUGUGGACGGCUCUUCAAAUAACGGAGGAUGUGGCGCCGGAAUUCGUCUGGAGGCCGACGACGGAUUCAUAUUGGAACACUCAAUACACUUCGCUUUCAAAGCAAGCAACAACCAAUCAGAGUAUGAGGCACUACUCACCGGACUCCGACUAUGUUUAGAUCUUGAAAUCUCAACAAUCAAGGUAUACUGUGAUUCCUUGUUAGUCGUACAACAGGUAACACACCAGAAGGGGUCGAGAAUGAUAAAAAGUUCCGACGCCAAGCAUCUUCCUUCACAAUCAUCAAUGGAACACUAUACCGACGAGGUUAUACUCGGCCUCUACUCAAAUGUCUCAACAAGUCCGAAGCCGACAUAG